AUGUUUGGUCCAGGACAGUCUCGCACUAAACCUACUAAUAUCAGUUAUGGUGCAACUAGUCAAUCUCUCACCUCUGCUGCAUACGGUGCAUCUCCUGAACCGUCUCGAAUACAGAUCGCACGCUCUCUAGGCGCUCGGGAACUAAGUCCAGACCAUCAAGCAGUGGAUAUUCCGAAAGCUAAAAAGGCAGAAAUUCUCAGAACGUACUUAGUUUCACCAGACGAGCGCGCCGAGAUAGAUCGUGGGAAGUCGCCCGAACCAUACUCGCCCUAUGCUCCUCACCAGCUUCACGGUGGAGACACUGCUCAUGACUUUUACAAAUGGCAAAAAGAUGUCGAGUCGGAACCCAUGAAACGUACCCGCUCACGGUCACUAAAUAUGCCCCGUGCUGACCCGUUUGAGACACCCGUGAGUGUAAUUAGAGCGCCCGGUGGAUUUCGUCGACAUCAUAUGAAAAUGAAAGCCGUACAAGAGGGCAAAGAGCCGCCGAACUUUGUUACCCAGAAUUCCAUUGAUUUCUUGGCCAUGAUCCAUCAUUUUGCCGAUUAUGAGCAAAUCGGUUCCGAGGAAACAAGGCUUAUUCCCAAAGAAUUGCAUCAUGGAACAGUAAGUGCAUCUGGCGCUUGUUUGCUACUCUUGAAAUCCUUCGUCGGUACUGGUGUCAUGUUUCUACCGAGAGCGUUUCUUAACGGAGGAAUGAUCUUCUCGACAGUCGUACUGAUAGCGAUUGCUAUCAUUUCUCUUUUUUCCUUCUUGCUACUGGUUGAAACGCGACAAGUCGUGCCGGGAAGCUUUGGUGAGAUUGGCAGAAUAUUAUACGGACCGCGGAUGAGAUUGGCAGUGUUAUUCUCGAUUACUAUUUCACAAAUUGGAUUUGUGUGUGCAUAUAUGAUAUUUGUGGCAAAGAAUCUUUUUACAGUUACCAAAAACGCUCUGAAUAUGAACAUUGGUCUGGAAUGGUUUAUUAUAGGUCAGGUAUUAUUAUUUGUGCCAAUGUCGAUGAUACGUAAAAUAGGAAGGCUGUCGUUUACGGCUUUGAUUGCUGAUGCGUUCAUUCUGCUCGGCUUGGGAUAUCUUUACUACUAUGACAUUCUCAAAUUGAGUCGAGAUUCAUUGGCCGACAUUAAGUUCUUUAAUAGUAAAGACUUUGCACUAUUCAUUGGCACUGCAGUGUUUACAUUCGAGGGCAUUGGUUUGAUCAUCCCGAUCACUGAAUCGAUGAGAGAACCACUAAAAUUCCCCCGCGUCCUCACUGGAGUUAUGGUCUUCAUUACAGUAUUGUUUACAUCUAUAGGUGUUCUCUCUUAUGCCGCAUUUGGCAGUAAAGUAGAGACGGUCAUUAUUCUAAAUCUACCAAAUGAUAGUCAAACUGUACAGGCAGUGCAACUAUUAUACGCAUUAGCUAUUGUUUUAUCUAUCCCGCUUCAGCUGUUUCCUGCAAUACGAAUAAUGGAGCAGGGACUGUUUGAAAAGAGCGGGAAGGAUAAUGACUGGGUGAAAUGGCAGAAGAAUCUGUUCCGUACGGUUACGGUUUUUGCUUGCGCACUGAUUGCCUGGAGUUCAGAAGAUGACUUGGACAAAUUUGUAUCAUUAAUUGGGUCAUUUGCGUGCGUGCCAUUAUGUUUCUUGUACCCUCCUCUCUUCCAUCUCAAAGGAAAAGCUAACACUAUCACUGCCAAGAUUCUUGACGUAGGAGUACUUCUUUUUGGAGUAUUCGCACUGUUAUAUACAACCUAUGUGACAAUGAUGUUGUGGUCUGACAAUGAUAAGUGA